CUCCAUUUUUUCCGUCCUUGCGUUGUACAUAUUAAACAAAAUUGCAUUGACGCGUCAAUUUAUUCUUAAAAUAAAAAUAUAAUUUAAAGUGGUUGGUUCAGCAGAGCAAACGCAGCAAAGGCUGGCAGAGGUGAUCUUCGCGGUAAAUUGUGGCGCCAUCAUAUCAUCCACUGACAGAAAUUCCGACCAAAUCAAACAUGAACAUCUUCUCCAAGAAACCUACAGCUAAAGAGGCUCUUAGGGAGAGCAAGCGGGAGAUGGCCCAUGCAACCAGAGGUUUUUGUUGGGAUGAUUUUUUCCAUCAAGGCAAGUGGAAUGGAAGUAGUAUAAUUUUAUUGCUGAAACCUCAAUAUCGAAAGCAUUCGAGGAUAUAUGAAGAGUGUUUUACAUAAUGGUGCACAUGUAUGUCUUGAAAAUAUAUUUUCCGAGCUAACAUUUCUUUGUGUUUGCAAUUUAAGAGACCAAGCCACACAGGCAAUAUUUUAACUAUGCAUUGUCUUUUGGUAUGUUGUGAUAUCAUUUAGGUGUAGAGAGGGAAAUUCAGACACUGCAAUCAGAGGCAUGUCAAGGAACACUUACAGUUCUCUUCUCCUGUAGCGUGUAAUUGAAGUGUUGCUUGCUUCGUAAAUGCAGGAAAAGAAGCUUGUGGCUGAGAUAAAGAGAACUGCUAAAACAGGGAAUGAGGCUGCUACCAAAAUUCUUGCACGUCAAUUGAUCAGGCUUCGGCAACAGAUAACCAAAUUACAAGGUAGUCGAGCUCAUAUGAGAGGUAUAUCAACACAUACACAGGCAAUGUCUGCUCAAACAUCUGUUGCUGUUGGUAUGAAAGGUGCAAGUAAAGCUAUGGCUGCAAUGAAUAAGCAAAUGGACCCCGCAAAGCAGAUGAAGGUCAUGCAGGAAUUCCAGAAGCAAUCAGCACAAAUGGAUAUGACUACUGAAAUGAUGUCAGAUGCCAUAGAUGAUGUUCUUGAUGAUGAUGAGGCUGAAGAUGACACUGAGGACUUGACAAAUCAAGUGCUAGACGAAAUUGGUGUCGAUGUUGCCUCACAGUUAUCAGCUGCUCCAAAAGGAAAAGUUGCUGGAAGGAACACAGAGGAGGCUGACAGUUCGCGCAUGGAUGAACUAGAGAAGAGGUUAGCAGCACUUUGGAAUUAAAGCUUGCAGCAUAUUUUGGAUCUUGCUGAAUUCAUCGUGGUGCAUCUUGAAUUUUUCCUGUAUCAUAUCUUCUGUACAUGAUUCCCUCUUAAAACUAUAAGUUGACCCUUCAUUACAUUUUUUUGCGUGAGCACAUUAAAACAUAGUACUAUAUUCUAUAAUAUACACACACAUCAAGUUCUGUUUUA